GGUUUAAAAUGGCAUAUUUCAAUGUGAACAUGUUAUUUUCAUUGUAUGUUUACUAUUGGGCCGGCUGUGUGUUGUUUUGCCCGGUCAGCCGCGCCACCUUCCCUGAGACGAGUCACAAAACUCCAGCACCAAAAACUGGCGCCAAGAACAACCAUAACGAAAACAACAACCAUGAAAAACUGAAUUCAGAAGCUGCCGCUCAAGAAAUACCCGACUUCCAGUUUCUGAGAGCGAAACAGGCUUCGUCUCCGCUGCAGCCGAUCCGCCCUUACACUCUCUCAAUCACCCACGAAGAUUACAACUACCAGCCCAAACCCAAGCACCUGAAGCCGGCUCGCCUCUUAAGAGUCCUCGGCGCCUCCUUCGACCCCUUCUGGAUGUCCGUCGAAAAGCCCUUCGCCUCCGAACCCCACGAGACCAACGGCUCCUUUUCAAACUCCAGCCCGGAGCUCGUGGAGGGCGCCGCCCGGUACCAGCGAAAACUCGAGAAGGAGGCGCAAGAAGUCGAUUUGGACUGGUUCGGUUCGGCAGAAAAGGACCGGUUCCGGGCUUGGCUGGUCCAAAUGGCGUCCUGCCGCCUCACUCACCGCUGGGUCGACCUGGGUCCCGUGUUCUGGCCGCGGUGGAUCCGACACACCGACUGCGAGGAAGACAGCGCCGGACCCAGUUGCUCGUUUCCGGCCGGGAUGACGUGCAAACGGGCCCAGGUGACGCAGAUUAAGAUACUGGCCUGGCACUGUUGGUUCGGACUGGGCGGAGUGGGAGGACUGGGAGAGGGAGCCGAGGCUAAACAGCAACACUGUGUUUGGCGCCAAGUUCCCUACCCCGUCGUGACGGCGUGCAAAUGCAUGUGCCGUUAGAAAUAAAUCGACUUCUAACCAGAAUAAUCAUUAAUUUUAGCUUUAACUGAUGUGUAUUUUUUGGUUACCAUAUAGUUAUAUAAUAUAUCGAUGUGAUUCAGCCCUCUGAAAUGUCUUUAUAAUAUACAGCGCUAGACCCUGAUAUUGAUGCGAUCCAGCCCUCUGAAAUGUCUUUAUAAUAUACAGCGCUAGACCCUGAUAUUGAUGCGAUCCAGCCCUCUGAAAUGUCUUUAUAAUAUACAGCGCUAGACCCUGAUAUUGAUGCGAUCCAGCCCUCUGAAAUGUCUUUAUAAUAUACAGCGCUAGACCCUGAUAUUGAUGCGAUCCAGCCCUC